UGCACGGAGGAAAGCCGCUUCGAUGAUCACAUCUCCUCACGCCCAAGUGAACGAGGACGUUGCCGAAAUCCUUCCUGAAGUCAGUCAUUCCAGACGAGGACAAAGCGGAUCUGCAUCUGAGCACCCAGGAGCAAAACGAAUGACAAACUGGAUACGCCGUUUUAUGAGAAAUUAUCACAGUAACUGUGCGUUUUUGAACCUCUUGCCGUUAUGGGUUUUCUUCACUGACUUUUGGUCUGCAGCCAACGGAUGACUUGACAAUUCUGUCAAGUGACAGAGGUAUCGUUUAAAUAUUUAUUUCACGCCCCAUUGAUAUUUAUUACACAAGCCAACACGCAUUUCGCGAUGGCAUGAGUCGAGAGGCACUGCGCUUAAGUGCAGUAAGUCAACUUGUUCAUUUUGCACGGGAAAACGGUCCAAGCCCACACUGUGGCUGGUCUCUGCGGUGCUACGGCGUAGACAACAUCAGAGAAUGACCAAAGAGCCCCAGUUUAAAGGAAUAGAUAUACCACAAGGAAUUAUUCCGCUUUUCACCAUCCAGUUCAUUCACCCAUAAUAUCGCAUGAAGGACAGACAUUCUUUACUCUUUCAUGGACAAAGUGGAUUUUACAAGACGAUCAAUAGAGCAUUCUUUUGCUCUGCGCUGCCCUUAAGCUGGUGUUUGUAUAGUGUGCGCUGAUUUUGGGAGCGGGAACAAAAGGUGACUGUGAAACACCUUUGGACGAAUUAAAAUCCACAACGCUCGAACUGCCGUGUCGUUUUCGAGUUCACUUGGAGGGAAGAUGAUAAAGUUUAUCACGAAAGUGGUUUGUUUUGUGGCGUGCGUACAGUCCAUCCGCUGCACACCGGCUCCUGAGACCCAGACAGUGUCCCAGGAUACCUGCACUUCUUGCGGCCUCGGUCAGACGGAGGAGUCGCGGGGGAUGGACAUCGAUUUCCUGGAGGCAGUAAAACGACACAUUCUGAACAGGUUACAGAUGCGGGAGCGACCCAACAUCACCCACCCCAUCCCAAAGGCGGCGAUGGUGACUGCUUUACGGAAACUUCAUGCUGGCAAAGUGCGAGAGGAUGGCAGAGUGGAGAUCCCCAAUCUUGAUGGACACGCAAGCUACCACAACGAAGUGGAGGAGGAAAGUUCGGAGAUCAUCAGUUUUGCAGAAACAGAUGAUCUGGUGUCCUCCAAGUCCAGCCUGUUCUUCGUCAUCUCCGACGAGGGAAACCAGAAUCUCUACGUGUCCCAGGCCAACCUCUGGCUCUACUUCAAGCUCCUUCCCCCCUCCUCCUACUCCUCCUCCUCUCCCUCCUCCCCGUCGCCCGAUAAGGGUCCCCCCCUCCGGCGGAAGGUGACGGUGAAGGUCUACUACCAGGAGCCGGGGCUGGGCAGCAAGUGGAACCUGGUGGAGAAGCGCGUGGACCUGAAGCGCAGCGGCUGGCACACGUUCCCCUUAACGGAGGCCGUCAAGCUGGUGCUCGGCAAGGGCAACAUCAACGGGGACCGCCGGCAGAACCUCGACGUACGUUGUGAGGGGUGUGAGGAGUCCGGCGUCCUACCAGUGCUGGUGAACCCGUCAGACGAGUCGCACCGGCCGUUCCUGGUGGUCCAGGCCCGCCUGGCGGACAGCAAGCACCGGAUCCGUAAGCGCGGGCUGGAGUGCGAUGGCACCAACAGCCUGUGCUGCCGGCAGCAGUUCUACAUCGACUUCCGGCUCAUCGGCUGGAACGACUGGAUCAUCGCGCCGUCCGGUUACUAUGGCAACUACUGCGAGGGCAACUGCCCCGCCUACAUGGCCGGCGUUCCAGGCUCGGCGUCGUCGUUCCACACGGCCGUGGUGAACCAGUACCGCAUGCGCGGCAUGAGUCCCGGGUCAAUGAACUCCUGCUGCAUACCGACCAAGCUCAGCACCAUGUCCAUGCUGUACUUUGACGAUGAGUACAAUAUCGUCAAGAGGGACGUGCCUAACAUGAUUGUGGAGGAGUGCGGCUGUGCCUGAGGGCUUAUUUAAUGAAUAUAAAAAUGAAUUAUACACACAAAUAAAGGAAAAGAGGAGGAGGAUAAAAAAUUAUAAAAACACACACACAGGUGAUGAAAUGAAAUACAAAACAAACAAUUGAGCAGAACUGCA